AUGCAUCUGUUCAAGGUCUUCUCUCUAGUAGCGGCUGUCGUGCCCGCCGCCCUCGCUCAAGGCUAUUUCGGCACUCCCCUACCCACCUCCACCGCGGCCGACGAGUACCUCUCCAUCCACGUAAAAUCCAUCCCGAGCACCGUCACUGGCGCCGUCGCCACCUCCCUCGCCAGCGCGCUCUACAGCGUCGAUCGCAAGUACUUCGACGACAAGGAGUGGACAACGGUCUACUCGCACAUGUGGUCCGCCGCCGCCAAGGCCACCAACGCGCCCGACGUUGUCGCGUCCAUGGCCGUCGAGGGGUUUAGCCUGAACGACCAGCAGGAGUCGCAGUGGUGGAAGGACAACGUGCCGGACAAGGACGACAAGUGGGUCUCGUCGUACAUCUCGGACUGGCAGAAGGCCUGGCAGGAUACUGUGGCGACCAAGACAUCCAAGGGCGGCGCGCCCAAGUGCACCGGCAUGGCCAUCGCAGGAGUCGCAGCGGGAGUGGCUGCUGGUGUCAUGGUUGCAAUUUAG